ACUCAGGGAGGGGAGGAAUGAAUCAAGAGAGAGAGAGAGCGGAGGGAGGGAGGAGGGUGAAGGUAAAAGUUGGAAGUGCUAUGAGUCACGGAGCGAGAUGGGAGGAGACUGGAGUCGAAGAGAGAGAGAGGGAGAGAGGGAUGGAGUGAGGUAUAAUUAUGGUAGGAGGCUGCCAGGGCGAGAGAGAGGAGAGAGAAGGGGAGGGAGGGAAAGAAAGACGAGAGCGAGAAGAGAGAGAGUCCAACCCACUCCGGUAAAACCAUUCAACUGGUGAGCGAGGGAAUGCAUUCGCCACAGAGAGGGAGAGAGAGGAAAAGAGGUAAAAGAGAGAGAGAGAGGAACUCCCUGCGUCUGGGAUAACUUAGUGAACACACUCUGCAGCGACUCCAUCUCCGUCCUCUUGCUCUCCACCGUUUGUUCCUUCUCUGCUUUUUCAUCAUCCAUUCAUCACCUCUGAGUUUCUCCUCCUCUUCUUCUUCUUGUUUUUUCUUUCUUUCUUUCUCUCUUGUGACGCCUCCACAUUUUCCAGCCAUCUGUCCCUAAAGAUAAGGAUUACUCAUUUCCCCGGCUCUUGUUUUUUUCUUUGUUGAUCUCCUCUCUCGCUUCUUUACAGAUUUUUUUUCCCUCCGUUUUCGCAGGUGGACUCUGAGCUGAACUUCCGAACUUCUGAGAGAGCGAGUGAGCGAGGGACGGACGACGAGGACACCAGAGAGACAGAGAUCAUUUUUAUUUCUUCAACCCGUUUUUCUUCGGGCCAAAAACUUUUCUUUGUGGCUCUGUCUGCAUCACCAGCUCCGACCCAACAGCCAAUCAGGCGUCUCCCUUCAUCAUGUCCGUCUCACCUCUGCUCAGCUGGACCGUCCUGGUCCUGGUCCUGGUCCUGGUGCAGAGCGGCAUCUCGUCUCUGGACCUGGCGUCUGAACCUCAUCCACCGCCGCUGUCUCUGACCGUCCAUCCUCACCAGCAGCCCCUGCCGGACGCUGCGCCCAGCUCCCACUGCCCCUCCUGCGCCCUGGCCAGGAUGAGGAGGAACGAAGGGGGCACGGCGGGGGAGGAAGAGGAGGAGGCUCAGCAGGACGUGGUGGAAGCGGUGAAGAGGCACAUCCUGAACAUGUUGCAUCUCCAGGCACGGCCCAACGUCACCCGGCCCGUGCCGCGCGGCGCUCUCCUCAACGCUCUGCGCAAGCUUCACGUGGGGCGAGUGGCGGAAGACGGCAGCGUGCAGAUUGAGGGGCAGGAGGAGGCUGGAGGGCGGGGAGGAGGUGGAGGAGGUGGAGGAGGUGGAGGAGGAGCAGCUGCGGUGGCGGCGGAUCGAGGAGACGGCGAUGAUGCACAGGAGACGACAGAGAUCAUCACCUUCGCAGAGGCCGGUGAAUCUCCGGGCCUGGUGGACUUUGUCCUCUCUAAAGAGGGCGGCUCUCUGUCUCUGGUGGAGCAGGCGAACAUCUGGCUCUUCCUCCGUUUGGCUAAGACAAACCGCAGCCGAGCCAAAGUCACCAUCCGCCUCUUGCAGCAGCGCCAGCUCCCCAACCGACAACCAGCUCUGCCGCAGGACGAUGUCCUGCUGGCGGACAAGACGGUGGACACCCGUCGCAGCGGCUGGCACACCUUCCCGGUGUCCGCGGCAGUGCAGGCGCUGCUCGAAGGUCCGGGCAGCCGGACGUUGAGCCUGAGGGUCUCCUGUCCUCUGUGUGCCGACGCCGGGGCCACAGUGAUCCUGGUCCCCGGAGGUCCGGAGACAUCGCAGCGCAGCAGCCAGCGGGAGCAGUCCCACCGGCCCUUCCUCAUGGCCGUGGUCCGACCGCGAGAGGGCAGCGAGUCCCGGCGCCGCCGGAAGCGAGGGCUGGAGUGUGACGGAAAAGUGCGCGUGUGUUGCAAGAGACAGUUCUAUGUCAACUUCAAGGACAUCGGCUGGAACGACUGGAUCAUCGCGCCGCCCGGCUACCACGCCAACUACUGCGAGGGCGAGUGUCCCUCUCACGUGGCGAGCAUCACCGGGUCCACGCUGUCCUUCCACUCCACGGUCAUCAGCCACUACCGCAUGAGGGGCCACAGCCCCUUCCAGAACCUCCGGUCCUGCUGCGUGCCCACGCGGCUACGAGCCAUGUCCAUGCUCUACUACAACGAGGAGCAGAAGAUCAUCAAGAAGGACAUCCAGAACAUGAUCGUGGAGGAGUGCGGCUGCUCGUGA